AUGGCUGGAGUUUGCUUCGGGACUGCAAGAAUCGACUCCGUGAAAGGCCUCUACGCAACCAACCUUAUCUGCGGGCUGGCUGGCUCCACUAACGAGACUAUUGUGCAGAUGACUAUCGUCGACCUCUUCUUCAUCCAUCAGCGCAGUAGAAUGUAUGCAACAUAUUCCGUUGCAGCGACUAUCGGGUCUUUCCUAGUACCUCUGGCAGCGGGUGCUCAGGCGGCUAGCCAGGGCUGGAGAUGGUCGUACUGGACAUUGGCAAUCGUCAAUACCGUGAUCUUCUUCUGCUUCUUGAUUUUCUUCGAGGAGAGCAAGUAUGUGGAAAACUCGUUUGGACAAUCUGUUCUGGAACCUCAGAACGACCUCGAGCAAACAACUCCGGUUUCUGCCUCACUGAAGGGAGAAGUUACGCUCGAUUUGUCUCAGCCUCAACCAUUGAGACAAACUCUCUCCGACACCCCUAACUAUACCGUCAAUUCCUAUCGACAGCGCAUGCGAUUGAUUACUCCUACCAGGGUGAAUAUCUGGCAACUAUUCUAUCGGCCGGUAGAAGUACUCUUUUGUCUGCCGGCGGUGUUAUUUUCGGCCAUUCAGUACGGCUUCAUCUUGGCAUGGUGCGCUGUAUUCACUUCUGCGCAGGCCAUCAUUAUGCCUUAUGAGCCAUGGAACUUCAACGAAACCCAGAUGGGCCUUUUGAUGCUCGCCCCUUUCAUCGGCCUUGUUAUAGGCUUGGCGGUUGGCGGAUAUGUUGGCGAUAAGAUGAUUGUCUAUUUUUCCAAACGCAACAAUGGUAUCUACGAGCCGGAGAUGCGACUCUACGCUCAGAUUGUACCCUGUAUUGUAUCUACUGCGGGCUUCUUGGUUUUCGGGAUUUAUCUUUCUGAAUACGCUCACUGGGCGAAGUGUACAGUCGGUACACUGAUAUAUGGACUAGGCUGGGGCAUGGGACUCAAUAGUACCACUUACGCAAUCGACAGUUAUUCGGGGGUUAUUGGAGAAGCUUUUGUCAGCAUUUCCUUUGUUCGCAACAUCUUCAGCGUCAUCCUACUAUUCGCUCUUGAGCCAUGGUUUGCAGCUGAGGGUCUGCGCAACUCUUUCAUCACCAUGGGCGUCCUGUGCUUCGUCAUUCAGCUUUUAUUCAUCCCCAUGAUAAUAUUCGGAAAGAGGGCACGUGUGAUAACUGCCGACCGCUACAACAGGAUGGCAUCUGCCGUCAAAGCCUACAGCCGAGGUUAA